CUCAAGACUUAGAUUGCAGCCGGCACACUGAGCACACAGACGGAGAGCAAGAGAGAGUGUGUGUGAAGAAAAACCAAGUAAAUAGAAAACACACUUUAGGGUGUUAACAGUGUGAGCAGAGAGGCCGAGCCCAGAGCAGAGGAGACAGGAGCACAGGGAAGAAGGAGGAGGAGGGUGAGAAAGAGUCAAAGACAGACAGAAGGAAGAGGGAAAGCAUCAGAGCGUGGAACAGGUUCUUUUCUGCAGUGCUCGGACUCAGCCUCACUCAGCAGACAUGCCUAACUUUGCCGGCACCUGGAAGAUGAAGAGGAGUGAGAAUUUUGAUGACCUUCUCAAAGCCCUGGGAGUGAACACCAUGCUGAGGAAGGUGGCCGUGGCGGCGGCCUCGAACCCCCACGUGGAGAUCCGUCAGGACGGCGAGAAGUUCUACAUCAAAACAUCCACCACUGUGCGCACCACCGAGAUCAACUUCCAGGUCGGUGAAGAGUAUGACGAGGAGACUGUGGACGGACGGAAGUGCAAGAGCCUCGCCACCUGGGAGUCGGAGAACAAGAUGUACUGCAAGCAGACUCUGAUAGAUGGUGACGGCCCCAAAACCUACUGGACCCGAGAGCUGAACGGAGAUGAGCUCAUACUGACUUUUGGGGCAGACGACGUAGUGUGCACACGGAUUUACGUCCGGGAAUGAGGCUCUGCAACCUUCAUCAGGACAAGACAGAAACCCAGUUGGACCACGACAACACCUCGUUUAAACCCAACAACACUCUGUCAUGCUAACACGCUAUAGCGCAGUAUCCCGUGUAAUCUCUCAGCAUCAGUCUGCAUAGUCUCCAUAAACAAUAGCAAUGUCUCUGUAAUCUGGUUCUUCGUAGUGAGUGUUGUGUGUCUGCAGUCUACAGUAGCUGGAUAUCUCAAGUGUCCAUAUCUGCAACCCUGGUGUCAGCUGUGUACGUAGGAUUUAGUCAUCAGUUGCACUGAUUAAGUAUUCAUGUUCAAUGACAGGAAACAAUAAAAAGAUGGAACAAACAGCA